AUGAGUACUUCGGAUGUUCGAUAUCCAAUUGACAGUAAUGUUAAUACUUCAUCACCACCUGUUGUUACACCACAUUAUAAUUCUACUCUACCAAAUCCACCUAAUGAUCCAGCAAGUUCACGACCUACACGAUGUGCUACUGGUAUGCGUUUCUUUACAACAAUUCAUGGAAUAUUAAAUAUAAUAAUAUUGAUUGCACUCAUCUGUGUAAUUAUAAGUGCUGCUGCAGCUGAUGAUGGAAGAACAGUUGAUGCAUUAGCUGGUGACUCGAAAGCAAAAGUUAGUGCUUUUCAUACACGUAAUGCAGUUCUUGUUUUUGCGGUAAUGGGUAUUUUCCUUAUGAUUCUUGAUACUGUUCUUCAUGCAUCUCGUCUUAUAUAUCGUUUUCCAACUGUAUUUGAUUUGAUGUUUAUUAUUAUUAUGCUUGUAUUUGCUGUUAUAUAUCUCAUUCUUGGAUGUUGUUCGGCAGCAUGGGAACAAAAAGUACGAGAUGCAUCAGACCCACCAGGUUUCAUACAUCAUAAAGGUGCUGCUGGAUCUGCUGCAUUCUUUUUAUUUGUGUCUAUGAUUGCUAUUGCAGUCGAUUUUGCCUUACGAUUGAUCAAUCGACCAGCACAAAGCUAUAAUCCGUAA